UUUACACAUUCAGCUCUCAAGCUCCCCAUCCCCAAAAGACUCCAACGACUCCCAAGCAACCAAGACUCUCAAAGAGUCUCCGAGCUGGCGGUAGACCCUCGUCCCGUUCGAAUCUCUCCCAAUGAACGACAGCGCUUACCGACCCGCUCGCUCUCCAAGGAACCGCUGUUCAAACGCCCUUGUCUUGCCUUGCCCCUUUUGCUAUCUGUACUUCCCGAGUUUGCUCUUUUACCCUUUGCCCUUUGCUACGGAAUACGGCUGCUCGGUACUUGCGACUCUUCGCGCUUUGCCUCUCUGGUCAUCAUCUCAUCCCAUGCUCCUUGGUUCUUCCUCCUUCUCUUCCCAGAUACACCAACUGGCCACCACAGUCUGACCCCUGACUGUGAUCUUCGUACUUCUUUGCCGGGUGGCCCCUGUCAGGGCGCAGCCGCGUGCGAUGUGCUGGCUCGACGAGAAGGCAGCUCCUGAUCCCAACAUCAGAUGAAGCCUUGUUUUGUUUUGUGCUUGUUUCCAGGCUGCGAGUAAAGACACACGCAAAAAGGAUCAUGGCGCUGUCAUCGCAGGAUCAGGACGUUGGCAAAAGCCGCGCCUGCGCCAGCUCCUGCUUACAUGUAUCCUUUCCUUCCUCUUCCUCGUCAUCCCACCUCGACGCUGAUCUUCACCUUGACGACAUCUCCGCUUCUUCCAACCCAUCAUCUUCAUGCUUCCAUUCCUGUUGCUGCCACUUCCGCCCCAGCUUUCCACUUUCUCAGAGCCCUGCUACCAAGAUUGCCGUCCAGGAUCAGCAUUACCGUCCCUCCUCAUCGCCUUGUCCGUACCCGCCUUCUUCCCACCACCUCCAUUACUGCUGUGCCGGUCCACCAGUUCGGAGGAAACCUGGACAAGGGGCACAUGGACCGAAAUCCUCGCCCGCUCCUGAUAUAUUUAACAUCCCGGUCCUUCUCUACCGAAAGUGGCCUCUCCUUGCCCUCGCCAUUGCAACUAAUACAUAUAUCCUCCUCCACUACUCCCCUCACUUCUCUACCUCGAGCAGAGAAGAAGACCAGACGAACUGUUCCGCCUCCUUAGUCAACUCCUUAUACUUAAUAAUCAUCAACAUGGUCGCCAACGUUGGAGGGCUCGCAGCUCGGGCAGUCUUUCUCAUGUCCACUCGGCCUAUUGCCCAGAGAGCAGACGUCGCCUCGUACACCAAUAAUGCCGUUGCCGCCAUUCGCACUCUCGAAUCUACCUGGUACGAUGUUGGCUCUGGUCUUUGGGACAACGCCUGGUGGAACAGUGCCAACGCCUUCACCACCCUCGCCGACUUCGCCAACCUGAACCGGGAUGCUGCUAACGAGCUUAAUAUCGGAGGCAUCCUCAUGAACACAUUCCAGCAGGCUCAGAAGGCCACAGCAUCGGCUUCCAAGUCUAUCAACGCCGCUGGCCUUGUCACAACCUCGUACGCCAUCACCAAGCGCGAGGUACCGCUGCCUAUCGAAGGUCGUCAGAUGAGCGCUCAGGGCUUUCCCAACUUCAUCAACGAGUUUUAUGACGACGAAGGCUGGUGGGCGCUCGGCCUGAUCCGCGCCUACGAUGUUACCCAGAACCAAGACUACCUCGACAUGGCCGUGCGCAUCUUUGCAGAUAUGAAGACCGGCGGUAAUACCAACUGCAAUGGCGGCAUCUACUGGAGCAAGGACCGCAAGUACGUCAACGCCAUCGCCAACGAGCUCUACCUCAGCGUCGCCGCCUCGCUGGCCAACCGCAUCUCGGGCGAUAAGGCCAGCUACCUCAAGAUCGCGACUGAUCAGUGGACCUGGUUCAAGGCCACCGGCAUGAUCAACGCCCAGGGCACCAUCAACGACGGCUUGGACGGCAACUGCAAGAACAACGGCGCCAACGUGUGGUCUUACAACCAAGGUGUCGUUCUCGGCGGUCUCGUCGAGCUCAGCAAGGCUAAUGGCGACAAGUCGGUCCUGACAGACGCCACCAACAUUGCCAAGGCGGCCAUCAAGCAGCUGGCCGACGACAACGGCAUCCUGCACGACACGUGCGAGCCCAACUGCGGCUCCGACGGCAACCAGUUCAAGGGCAUCUUUGUUCGCAACCUGCGAUACCUACAAGAAGCGGCGCCCAACAACGACUUCAAGACCUUCAUCACCAAAAACGCCGACAGCAACUGGAACGCCAACCGCGACUCUGCUGGCAAGAUGGGUGUCGUCUGGUCGGGCCCCGCGCAAGGCGUUUCCGGGCCGACUCACAGCUCAGCACUCGACUCCAUUGUUGCCGCCGUUGCCGUCGCGUGAGCGGGACUUCUUUUGAGAGAUUAAUCGUCCUCAGACCUUUCGGAUCGACAUCACCAUCAUCGGGCAGGCGUUGGAAAUUUUGCUUUACUUCACAUGGCCGCUCUGCAAC